AUGUUCUUGUCUCUCUUCCAAGGUUUCAAGGGAAGUUUCACAAUAGAACACUCUUUCAUUCUUUCUUAUUUCAUUCCAUCAUUUUACCACUUUUUUCUAUCAACUUUUCGUUUAGAUAUACAUUUGCAUAUUUAUUUUGUCUGUAAAACACAAUUCCUUUCUUUCUUAACUGUUAGCGCCACAUUUAAUUUCUUCUCUUUCUUUCGAUCGUUUCUUUCUUUGUUUCUUAAUUUAUUUCUUCAAUUUACUAUUUCUUCCUUUCUUUGUUUUUUUGUUUCUUUCGUCAUGGCUAGCAUUCUUUCUUUCGUCAUGGCUAGCAUUCUUUCUUUCGUCAUGGCUAGCAUUCUUUCUUUCGUCAUGGCUAGCAUUCUUUCUUUCGUCAUGGCUAGCAUUCUUUCUUUCGUCAUGGCUAGCAUUCUUUCUUUCGUCAUGGCUAGCAUUCUUUCUUUCUUUCGUUCUUUCGUCAUGGCUAGCAUUCUUUUGGUUUUCCAUUCUUUCUUCCUUCCGUCAUGGCUAGCAUUCUUUCUUCCUUCCGUCAUGGCUAGCAUUCUUUCUUUCGUCAUGGCUAGCAUUCUUUCUUUCGUCAUGGCUAGCAUUCUUUCUUUCGUCAUGGCUAGCAUUCUUUCUUUCGUCAUGGCUAGCAUUCUUUCUUUCGUCAUGGCUAGCAUUCUUUCUUUCGUCAUGGCUAGCAUUCUUUCUUUCGUCAUGGCUAGCAUUCUUUCUUUCGUCAUGGCUAGCAUUCUUUCUUUCGUCAUGGCUAGCAUUCUUUCUUUCGUCAUGGCUAGCAUUCUUUCUUUCGUCAUGGCUAGCAUUCUUUCUUUCGUCAUGGCUAGCAUUCUUUCUUUCUUUCGUUCUUUCGUCAUGGCUAGCAUUCUUUCUUUCUUUCGUUCUUUCGUCAUGGCUAGCACUCCUUUUCUUUCUCUCGUCAUGGCUAGCACUUUUUCUGUCGUUCUUUCGUCAAGGCUAGCAUUCUUUCUUUCUUCCGUCAUGGCUAGCAUUCUUUCUUUCUUCCCAUUCUUUCUUCCUUCCGUCAUGGCUAGCAUUCUUCCUUCCGUCAUGGCUAGCAUUCUUUCUUUCGUCAUGGCUAGCAUUCUUUCUUUCGUCAUGGCUAGCAUUCUUUCUUUCGUCAUGGCUAGCAUUCUUUCUUUCGUCAUGGCUAGCAUUCUUUCUUUCGUCAUGGCUAGCAUUCUUUCUUUCUUUCGUUCUUUCGUCAUGGCUAGCAUUCUUUCUUUCUUUCGUUCUUUCGUCAUGGCUAGCACUCCUUUUCUUUCUCUCGUCAUGGCUAGCACUUUUUCUGUCGUUCUUUCGUCAAGGCUAGCAUUCUUUCUUUCUUCCGUCAUGGCUAGCAUUCUUUCUUUCUUCCCAUUCUUUCUUUCUUCCGUCAUGGCUAGCAUUCUUUCUUUCGUCAUGGCUAGCAUUCUUUCUUUCGUCAUGGCUAGCAUUCUUUUCUUUCCAUUCUUUCUUUCGUCAUGGCUAGCAUUCUUUCUUUUCUUUAAUUUCUUUCGUUGGCUAGCAUUAUUUUUCUUUCUUUCGUUCUUUCCAUUCUUUCUUCCUUCCGUCAUGGCUAGCAUUCUUUCUUUCUUCCCAUUCUUUUCUUUCGUCAUGGCUAGCAUUCUUUCUUUCGUCAUGGCUAGCAUUCUUUCUUUCGUCAUGGCUAGCAUUCUUUCUUUCGUCAUGGCUAGCAUUCUUUCUUUCCAUUCUUUUCUUUCUUUCGUUCUUUUCGUCAUGGCUAGCACUCCUUUUCUUUCUCUCGUCAUGGCUAGCACUUUUUCUGUCGUUCUUUCGUCAAGGCUAGCAUUCUUUCUUUCUUCCCACUCUUUCUUUUUUUCUUUCUUUCUUUCUUUUGUCAUGGCUAGCAAUCUUUCUUUCUUUCUUUCUUUUGUCAUGGCUAGCAUUCUUUCUUUUUUUCUUUCUUUCGUUCUUUCGUCAUGGCUAGCAAUCUUUCUUUCUUUUUCUUUCUUUCUUUCUUCCGUCAAGGCUAGCAUUCUUUCUUUUUUUCUUUCUUUCGUCAUGGCUAGCAAUCUUUCUUUCUUUUUGUCAUGGCUAGCAAUCUUUCUUUCUUUCGUACAUCUAUUAAAUCCAUCACAUUCUUCUAAUUAUUCAUUACCUUCUUUCUUUCUUUCUUUCUUUUCAAACUCAUUAUUGCAUUUAUUUAUUUCUCUAUUUAUUUAUUUAUCUUUUAACAUUUUUAUUUAUUUCAUUUUUUUGCUUUCAUCACUGGUAAUACUUUUCUUUGUUUCCUCCUCUCCUUCGAUGACCUUCUUUCUUUCUUUCUUUCUUUUUUUCUUUCUGAAUUUAUCAUAA